UCAUGCCCAGGCAAGUAACCAAUUUAGAUCACUAGGUGGGAGCAAAAGUUAACUUGUGAAGCUAACAGUUUACCCUCUGAACUUGGUGAGGGACACGAAGGGCAUUUGUUUAUACCUGUUGCAAUGGCGACCAUAACGGAACUGAACUGCGCUCUGAGAGAGAGCCUAGAGUCUCGAGGUGUGUUGGGUCAGCUGAAAGCUCGGAUCAGAGCUGAGGUGUUCAAUGCGCUCGACGAUCAGAGCGAGCCGCGUCCUGCGCUGUCGCACGACAACCUUCUAAUCAACGAGCUCAUCCGCGAGUACCUGGAAUUCAACAAGUAUCGAUACACAGCGUCUGUGUUGACAGCAGAAUCAGGUCAACCUGAGGUACCACUUGACAGACAGUUCAUGGCGAAUGAGCUGAAAGUGGUGGAGGACCCCAGUUCCAGAUCUGUGCCUCUACUGUACGGAUUGCUAUCCCACUUCCUAAGCAGCAGUGGAGACAGUGGAGGGAAGCUGUUUCUCAGGGGCUCAGCACCUGCUACUCUGACCAGAGACCCUAACACACUCCCUGGUCCUGAGUCUUAACACAGGUGUGUCCUGUCUGUCACUCCACAUUUCACUGGGACUGGAGGUGUUGAGCGACUUUUAUUUUAUUUAUUUAUUAUUUUAUUUUUUUGCAGUUGAUGUCAAGAAAGCCUUAGUAGUGUGUGUUAAUGUUGCCAAAACAGAUUCAAAUCAACAGGUCUGCAUUUGAUUUCAUUUGGCCAAUUGUUUGUUCCCUGAGAGUCUGUAAAUGUAGUAAGUUCUUCACUACUGCUAUGUCUGCAUAGCUGUACAUACUGUAGUAAGCGUUUUAUGUGCCAAUUGCUCAUGAAGAUGUAUCUCAAAUAAACAUUUGUUUUAAUACAUUUUUAUUUUAAUAAAGCAUUUUUAGCAUA